AUGGUCGCCAGUCCAGAGCCUCCAGCGAUGGUUCCCAGUCCGGAGCAUCCAGCGGGGGUUCCCAGUCCGGAGCCUCCAGCGGGGGUUCCCAGUCCAGAGCCUUCUGCGAUGAUCUAUGGUCCGGAGUCCCCGGCGACGAUCUACGGUCCGGAGUCCCCGGCGACGAUCUACGGUCCGGAGUCCCCGGAGACCAUCCACGGUCCGGAGUCCCCGGAGACCAUCCACGGCCCGGAGCCCCCGGCGACGAUCCAUGGUCUGGAGCCUCUGGCGACGAUCCACGGUCUGGAGCAUCCUGCGACGAUCCAUGGUCCGGUUUCUCCGGAGACGAUCCACGGUCCGGUUUCUCCGGUGAUGAUCUACGUUCCGGAGUCCCCGGCGAUGAUCUACGGUCCGGUUCCUCAGGCAACGAUCCAUGGUCCGGAGCCUCCACCCACAACUCCAUCCACAGCCCCUCACUCCCAGCUCCAUCCCCAGCCCCUACUCACUAUCCAGCUCCAGCCCCUACUCACUACCCAGCUCCAUCCACAGCCCCUCCAUCCCUCCAUCCCCAGCCCCUACUCAAUCCACAGCUACUCACUAUCCAGCUCCAUCCACAGCCCCUACUCACUACCCAGCUCCAUCCACAGCCCCUACUCACUACCCAGCUCCAUCCACAGCCCCUACUCACUAUCCAGCUCCAUCCCCAGCCCCUACUCACUAUCCAGCUCCAUCCCCAGCCCCUACUCACUAUCCAGCUCCAGCCCCUACUCACUACCCAGCUCCAUCCCCAUCCCCUACUCACUACCCAGCUCCAUCCACAGCCCCUACUCACUACCCAGCUCCAUCCCCAGCCCCUACUCACUAUCCAGCUCCAUCCCCAGCCCCUACUCACUACCCAGCUCUAUCCCCAGCCCCUACUCACUCCAUCCCAGCCCCCAUCCACCAGCCCCUACUCACUACCCAGCUCCAUCCCCAGCCCCUACUCACUACUCCACCAGCCCCUACUCACUAUCCAGCUCCAGCACCUACUCACUAUCCAGCUCCAUCCCCAGCCCCUACUCACUACCCAGCUCCAUCCACAGCCCCUACUCACUACCCAGUUCCAGCCCAUACUCACUACCCAGCUCCAACCUCUACUCACUACCCAGUUCCAGCCCCUACUCACUACCCAGUUCCAGCCCAUACUCACUACCCAGCUUCAGCCCAUACUCACUACCCAGCUCCAACCUCUACUCACUACCCAGCCCCUACUCACUACCCAGCCCCAAAGCCAGCCAUUACUCACCACCCAGCCCCUACACACCACCCAACUCCAUCCUCAGCUCCAACCCCAGAAGAGAGUAUUUGUAUGUGUUUCCCCCCUGUGGACACGACAUGUAUGAGGGUGGAUGA